AUGGACACUGAUAUGGACUACGAACGACCCAAUGUGGAAACCAUUAAGUGUGUGGUCGUGGGAGACAAUGCUGUGGGCAAGACACGGCUCAUAUGCGCAAGGGCAUGCAACACCACCUUAACGCAGUACCAACUCCUGGCUACCCAUGUACCUACAGUAUGGGCAAUUGAUCAGUACCGAGUCUGCCAAGAAGUCCUCGAGCGCUCCCGGGAUGUAGUCGAUGAAGUGAGUGUUUCGCUAAGGCUGUGGGACACCUUUGGAGACCAUCACAAGGACAGGCGUUUUGCCUAUGGACGAUCUGAUGUGGUUGUCCUGUGCUUUUCAAUCGCAAAUCCUAACUCCCUAAAUCAUGUAAAAACAAUGUGGGCUCAGGAGAUAAAGCAUUUCUGUCCUCGCACCCCUGUCAUAUUGGUUGGCUGCCAGCUGGACCUGCGAUAUGCCGAUCUUGAAGCAGUUAAUAGGGCAAGACGACCACUGGCUAGACCUAUAAAAAGAGGAGAUAUUUUGCCACCAGAAAGAGGUCGAGAAGUUGCAAAGGAACUUGGUAUUCCAUAUUACGAAACCAGUGUUUUUGAUCAGUUUGGGAUAAAGGAUGUUUUUGACAAUGCAAUCAGAGCAGCUUUGAUCUCCAGAAGACACCUCCAGUUUUGGAAGUCUCAUCUAAAGAAAGUUCAGAAACCUUUACUUCAAGCACCAUUUCUUCCCCCCAAAUCACCACCACCAGUUAUUAAAAUCCCUGAAUCCAGUGAGUCUAACAUGAAUGAUGCUGGAGAUUUGUUGGACAAUCCUUUGUGUGCAGAUGUCACGUUUGUCCUUCAGGACCAAAAACAGAUCUUCGCUCAUAAAAUUUACCUUGCUACCUCCUCCUCAAAAUUUUAUGACCUUUUUUUAAUGGAAUAUGAACAGUCUCAGAAUUCUGCUGAUCGGCACUGCAAGAAAGAAAAGCCUACCAAGGACUUGCUUUUGCGGACAUUAAGUCUCGAUACAGAUGAGGACACAGAUGGGGCUUCCUUGAAACCUUCAAACGCCUGUCUUCGGAUAUCAAGAAGUGAUGAUACUUUACUCACUACAGACUGUGAAGGAGAAGGUUGUGUUGCACUGUCAACAUGGAGCAAAGGCUUUCUUAGCAUGCACCGAGAAUUGAUGGUCAACCCAAUUUCAAACAGGACUUGUUCAAUGACUGUGGUCCGAAUGGACUCUUCUAUACAGUAUGGGCCUUUUAAGACUGUGCUACGGUUUCUGUACACAGGACAGUUAGAUGAAAAUGAGAAGGGUUUGAUGAGAGUGGCACAAAUUGCAGAAAUCCUGGAAGUGUUUGACUUGAGAAUGAUGGUGGAAAACAUUACAAACAAAGAAGCCUUUAUGAACCAGGAGAUCACAAAAGCAUUCCAUGUCAGGAAAGCAAAUCGAAUCAAGGAAUGUCUUUCCAAGGCAACCUUUUCUGAUGUGAUCUUUAAAUUGGAUGAUGGAAGCAUCAGUGCCCAUAAACCACUUCUAAUCUGCAGCUGUGAAUGGAUGUCUGCAAUGUUCGGAGGUUCAUUUGUAGAAAGUGCAAAUAAUGAGGUCAUUCUUCCUAAUGUAAGCAAAUCAUCAAUGCAAGCAGUAUUAGACUAUCUGUACACUAAGCUUCUGUCAUGUACACCUGAGAUGGAUCCACUGGAGCUGAUUGCGUUGGCCAACAGAAUUUGCCUUCCACAUUUGGUUGCCCUCACAGAACAGCAUGCUGUGCAAGAGCUGACCAAAGCUGCAAUGAAUGGGCUGGAUAUUGAUCAUGAAGUGCUGACUUAUCUGGAAUUGGCUCAGUUUCACAAUGCACAUCAGUUGGCUGCCUGGUGUCUGCAUCAUAUCUGCACAAAUUAUAACAGCGUUUGCUCCAAGUUCCGUAAAGACAUCAAAGCAAAAUCUGCUGAAAAUCAAGAAUAUUUUGAAAGACAUCGAUGGCCACCAGUCUGGUACCUGAAAGAAGAAGACCACUAUCAGCGAGUGAAGAAGGAAAGGGAGAAGGAAGACAGUGUCCUUAAUAAACACCGGUCAAAACGCAAGUGGUGCUUCUGGAGCUCCUCCUCAGCGGCCUUUGCCUAA